UUUAUAGUUGCGCGCCUCAGACAUGGACGGGACAGAGAGGAGUCGGAAGAGCUGCGCUGAGACGGAUCAGGCGCAACAGCCCAUGAUGGAACUCAAUGGAAAGGAUAAGAGUGACUCGCCGUCAGAUAGAGUCACGCUUAAAAAAGAAAUUGGACUCCUCAGCGCAUGUGCCAUUAUUAUUGGUAACAUCAUUGGUUCGGGGAUAUUCAUCUCUCCUAAGGGUGUUUUGGAGCACGCUGGUUCGGUGGGUCUGUCCCUCAUCGUAUGGGUGUGCGGAGGGGGUAUCUGCGCCCUGGGGUCCAUGUGUUACGCUGAGCUGGGCGUCACCAUUCCCAAGUCAGGAGGAGACUACUCCUACGUCACAGAGAUAUUCGGAGGACUGGUGGGGUUCCUGCUCCUAUGGAGCGCGGUUCUCAUCAUGUACCCCACCACCCUGGCUGUCAUAGCUCUCACCUUCUCCAACUAUGUCCUGCAGCCGGCCUUCCAGAACUGUGUCCCUCCAUACUUGGCCACCAGGCUUCUCUCCACCAUCUGCAUAUUGUUCCUGACGUGGGUAAACUGUUCCAGCGUGCGCUGGGCCACCAGGAUCCAGGACGUGUUCACGGUGGCCAAGUUGCUGGCUCUGGGACUCAUCAUAGCUGUGGGACUGGUGCAGAUCUGCAGAGGUCACUAUGAUGCUCUGAGACCCAGUCAGGCGUUUGAGUUCACACGGGACCCGUCUGUCGGUCAGAUAGCUCUGGCUUUCCUCCAGGCUUCCUUCGCCUUCAGCGGCUGGAACUUCCUGAACUACGUCACUGAGGAGGUGGUCGAGCCACGCAAGAACCUGCCCCGGGCUAUCUACAUAUCCAUUCCCCUGGUGACGUUAGUCUACACUCUGACCAACAUUGCAUACUUCUCCUCCAUGACCCCCGAAGAGCUGUUGGCAUCCAACGCCGUGGCCGUGACAUUUGGUGAGAAGUUGCUGGGCGUAUUCUCCUGGGUGAUGCCCAUCUCUGUAGCUCUGUCUACAUUCGGAGGAAUCAACGGCUAUCUCUUCACUUCAUCCAGGUUGUGUUUCUCUGGAGCCAGAGAGGGUCACCUGCCUUACCUGUUGGCCAUGAUCCACCUGAAAAACUGCACCCCUAUUCCCGCUCUGCUAGUCUGUGUAAGUUACUGUGCCCCUAUUCCCACUCUGCUAGUCUGUGUAAAUUACUGUGCCCCUAUUCCCACUCUGCUAGUCUGUGUAAGUUACUGUGCCCCUAUUCCCACUCUGCUAGUCUGUGUAAGUUACUGUGCCCCUAUUCCCGCUCUGCUAGUCUGUGUAAGUUAUUGUGCCCCUAUUCCCACUCUGCUAGUCUGUGUAAGUUACUGUGCCCCUAUUCCCACUCUGCUAGUCUGUGUAAGUUAUUGUGCCCCUAUUCCCACUCUGCUAGUCUGUGUAAGUUAUUGUGCUCCUAUUCCCACUCUGCUAGUUUGUGUAAGUUAUUGUGCCCCUAUUCCCACUCUGCUAGUCUAUGUAAGUUAUUGUGACCCUAUUCCCGCUCUGCUAGUCUGUUGCGGAGCCACCAUUGUGAUCCUGUGUAUCGGAGAGACUCACAACCUGAUCAACUAUGUGUCGUUUAUUAACUUCCUGUCCUAUGGAGUGACCAUCGCUGGCCUGCUGUACUAUCGCUGGAAGAGACCCAACCUGCUACGACCCAUCAAGGUGAGUGUGUUGGUCCCUAUCAGUUACCUGGUGUUCUGGGCGGUGCUGCUGGGGUUCAGCCUGUACUCGGAGCCCGUGGUGUGUGGCAUGGGGAUCGUCAUCAUGCUCACCGGGGUACCCGUCUACUUCGUCGGAGUCCACUGGAAGAACAAGCCCAGAUGUGUCUACAGGGUCGUGGAGUGUGUGACCUACGUGGGUCAGAAGCUGUGUUUCGUGGUGUUCCCCCAAGAAGACCUGUCAGAGAUCACCCCCCUCACAGCCUCAGAUAAACACAUCGACUGAACGAGCUCCUCCUCACAGCCUCGGAUAAACACAACAACUGAACGAGCCCCCCCCCCCCCCCCUCACAGCCU